AGAUUAAAAAAGGAGAGAAGAAAAGAAAAAACGUUCGGUGAAAAACAUGUCCUAAAGAAACCAAAGCAUAGGUUGCUGUUCUCUACAGAAGAACAGAACCCACAACCCCAUUUGCAAAAAUAUUGAAUCUUUUCACAGAAAGCGAAGUGGGUGUGUUCCCAAAACAAAGCUUCUGUGCUCUCUCUUCUUCACACAUGGAAGAUUUCAGAUCCAAGUCGUACGGUGACGGAAGGAUGCAGAUUGAACCAUAUACUGGACCCACCGGAAACGGAACCACCGCAACCUCCGGCGAUGUCCACGGCAUGCAAGAUCUCCGGUGCUACAGCGCUUCCUAUGCCUCAUCGGUGCACCCAACGCAAAUCCACGUGGCGAACGACCCAAAGUUCAAGAAGGGCAAGUCCACAAACGGGUCAACCUCAAAAAGCUGGAGUUUCAGUGAUCCAGAGUUGCAGAGGAAGAAAAGGGUGGCAAGUUACAAGGUUUAUGCUGUUGAAGGGAAGCUCAAAGGGUCUCUGAGAAAGAGCUUCAAGUGGCUCAAGGACAGGUGCAAUAGAGUUGUCUAUGGAUGGUAGCUACCUUUUUUGGAUGUUCUUUGAAAUUGAGACCUUUAAUUAAAGCCGGCUGUCCAAUUUCGGUGGUGUCCUUUAACAAAGUGAGCAUCUUUCAGCUCGGUACCUUUUAUAUAUUUAUAAAUAUAUAUAUGAAUAUGACAAUUGAUGAAUAAUUUAUUUGUUUUUGUUUAUUUACUCGUUAUUACUUAUUAUUGUUAGUGUUUAUUUCUCAUGGGUGGAAAAGUACAUGCCCCUAAGGAAUGUAAUAUGGGAGAGAAAUUGUUAUUCUGUUUUUCUAUUUUGGUUUUCUGUAAAGAGUGUAACCAUCUUGUUUUGCUUAAGAACAUCACUACUAUGUCUUCCUGUUCUAACUCUGGUGGUGAUUGUGAAGGUUUUGGAGUCCCCUCAAGACUGACAGUUAGUGUUGAUUCGUUGUUUAUAUUUGGAAAAAUUUGGUGUAUGCAUGUUGAAAUUCAUUAAUGAUAAUUGUUGUGCAUGUGUA